AUGUCUCGCGAAGCCUAUCAAGUCCCUACGGCCCAGACAGGAUACGCCGGUGUAUCAGGUGUCGUCGAAGGAGCCGCAAGCGAUGCCAUAUCCGUCGUCUAUGUUUGCGGCGACUGCAACUCGCGCGUUUCCAUGAAGCGAGGAGAUCAGAUCCGCUGCAAGGAAUGUGGACAUCGUGUGCUGUACAAAGAAAGGACGAAGAGGCCCGAUGACAACCUUUCCGACGAUCUUAUGGUUACUACCGUUGAUGUCGGAGGUCUCUUUAUGAUGGGAAGGAUGUGCUCUUUACCUGGUGUUACUUUUGUUGUCAGCUGUUUUCUGCUUUUUACAGCUCCUGCAUGGCGCUAG